UGUGCUCUUUUUGAAUAACCAAUACCCGUUUGGUUUACAAAGUAAAUAGAGAAGUAACAAUAAUAGACUUUUGUUCUAUAUUGUAUUGUUUCGUUUUACUCAAUUUUUCAUUAUCUAAAAAUAGAACAAUGUUUCGGAAAUUACCGAUCAGUGGUUUACUAUGCGCUCCACGAAACGGUGUGUUUUUAUUUUAUAGGUUAGUGUCUCGCGAAAACGCGAAAUUAGUUUCAAACCGAGAAUAAUGCUGGUGAAAUGAAUCGACAUGUAAAUUUAGGCGUGAAAUAGAUUGAAUGUGUAUUGUUAUCAGAGAUCUAAGUUCUUCUUUUUAAUCAUGGAUGUAGGAUCAUCUGUGUAUUUGUUCAUCAUAGCGGCUUUAGUUCACAUUAAGGUAGUCGAGUCUAUGAAAACGGUUGAACUAAGGAUCGACCAUCUGGACGCUUCCAGAGUGACGUCACGAACCGCCUGCUGUACGUCUGGAGACUGUCCAUGCCUGACCAAGCUACGGGCAUGUGUUUUUGAACGGAUGAGACAGUCGUGUCCGGCAUCGGAUUUCUAUGAGACUGGAGAAUUAGGAGGUCUAGCACUCAGCAGGACACGGCCUUUGUUUGCAAUCAAUACACACACAGAUAUCAACAGCCCCAUGCUACAGAUCCAGCUUAUGUACGGAGCCAGGGGUUCUCACGAUCUAGAGCUGCUUGGAGAUUAUCUCAUCGAUCUUUCAGGUUUAGUCCAUGGACCAAAUGGUGACCUUGUAGGCUGGACGAACUUUGACCUUGGGUCAGGAUCAAAGGUUUCAAUGACUCUACAAAUCAAGAUGUACUGCAGCCAGACCUACUACGGCCCCACCUGCUCACAGCACUGCGUCAGCAUGCCGUCCCGGUACAAGUGCAACGACCAAGGUCACCGGGUCUGUCUGGGAAAUUGGCGCGGGGAACACUGCGACACAGUGAACCCGUGCAUCUCUUACCCUUGUCUUAACGACGGCACGUGCGUCGCUCACGGCACCAGCUACACGUGCUUAUGCAAUCAGCUUUACACCGGGAGGGAUUGUUCUAUGGGUGUAGACUCCUGCCACGCCAGCCCAUGUGCUGAGGGAUCUACCUGCGUCGAUCUGGUGGAUGGGUUCGCUUGUCUGUGUCCAACACACAAGACAGGGAGGCUGUGUGAGACAGAGAUUACAGACUGCCGCGCUCACGGUUGCUAUAACAACGGCCGCUGCAUCCAGCAGCACGCGAACGCCACGUUCGAGUGCAUCUGCCAGAGGGGGUUCACCGGGCAGAGGUGCGAGAGGGAGCUGUGCGCCCCGGGCGUCUGUCAGAACGGCGGCACGUGCAAGCUCGUCGACCGGCACGCGUACACCUGCGAGUGCUCCCGCGGGUACAAAGGUCAGAACUGUGACGUGCUCUCCUCGUGCGAGCCCAACCCGUGCCAGAACAACGGCAGGUGUUUCCAGGAUCGGGGAGGGGAUUACUACUGCCACUGUGAGGGGAGGUACCGGGGGAAGCACUGCGAGCACGAAGACCCCUGCGCAUCUACGCCGUGCCAAAAUGGCGGGAGAUGUGUCGUAGACGGGCGCCAUGACCAGUACCACUGCCACUGUCCCACGCCUUACUUUGGCGAGUCCUGCCAGCACAACAACGCCUGUCUCCCCAAUCCGUGUCUCAAUUCGGGCACGUGCGCGCCCAACGAUUUCACCUUCACGUGCGCGUGUAAGCCCGGGUACUCCGGACCAACGUGUGAUCUGUCUGAUCCGUGUGCUGUAUCGCCGUGUCAACACGGGGGCACGUGUAAGACCGACCUUGAAAGAAACUCACACCUGUGUGAGUGCCCACCUGGAUACACAGGUGUAUCAUGUGAAAUACACGAAGCCUGCGACAGAGGACCGUGUAAAAACGGAGGAAAAUGUUUCCCAGAAGGCGCUGGAUAUUUCUGCAGAUGCAUGUCAGGAUUUUCCGGAACCAACUGUCAAAACCCUUCCGCGUGUGCAUCCUCCCCUUGCCACAAUGGCGGCUCGUGUUACGAAUCAGCUUCCAGUUACAUCUGCGCAUGCGCGGGGCGCUAUUCGGGUAGAUUUUGUGAGAACGAGUUAACCCAAGGGCCAUGCGGGGAUAACCCUUGUCUAAACUCUGGCACCUGUUUCCAGUCUGGAGAUUCCCAUGUUUGCGUGUGUCCUUCGAAAUUCACCGGCAGCAGAUGCGAGAAAGAGAUGACAAAUUCUUGCGAAAACGUCCAAUGUCUCAACGGGGGCUCAUGCUAUUCUUCUGGGGAUCACUCCAUCUGUGUUUGCACCGCGGAGUUUAUCGGCGAUUUUUGCGAAACGAGAAAUCCAUGUUUUGUACAUCCCAACUCAAUUUGCGUUGAGAACCAAACAUGUGGAGUUGAUUCAGGACGGUCUUCUCCGUGUGGUGCCAACGGCGUCUGCCAACCGUGUGAGAGAGGCAGGCCCUGCGGUGUAGAAGGCAGGAACUACGUGUGUUCUUGUAGAUCGGGCUACAUGGGAAAACAGUGUGAGAUUCCAGACCGGUGUACCCCUGGGUCGUGCGGGGAGGGGGAAAUCUGCGUCCCAGUUCCAGGACAAGACGGCUUCACUUGUGAAUGUCCUUCUGGAAUGACGUCACGUGAUUGCACAGCUUCUAACCCGUGUAACCCUAACCCUUGCAGGAAUAACGGCACUUGUACUCGAUCGGUUGGAACUGCGUCGUCUUCAUCUCGUGUUGCACCUUACGUCUGCGACUGCAGGAGUGGAUACACGGGGUUCCACUGCGAGGUUCUCAACAGCUGUGUUCAAAACCCCUGCCAGAAUAACGGCGAGUGUAUCACUGAGUUGACCGCAGCUGGGAUCAGCAUCCGGUGCCAGUGUCCAAGAGGAUUUUCAGGAUUUUGGUGCGAGGUUAAAACGUCUUGCAGAGUUCAUCCGUGUAUGAAUGGCGGCGAGUGCGUCAUAUCCGGUCAUGCGCAGCACGGAAACGAACCGGAUGUUGUGUGUCGCUGCCCGCGUGGAUUCACCGGUGCCUUGUGCGAACGAGAGCUGGACUGUCAUGACGUGGGGUGUCUUAACAACGGCAGGUGUCAAAUCAACUCUGACGGAAGACACCACUGCGCAUGCGCAGACACGUUUAUCGGAAAUUUCUGUGAAACUCCUAUCAACUGCGACAUGGCACCUUGCCUGAACGGCGGGAUCUGCGUCCAAGGACUGGUCACCAUCGGUGCCAAACGGACGGCACCCAGGUGCGUCUGUAUGCCAGGUUUCACGGGGAUGAGGUGCGAGCAUUUGGACACGUCGUCAGCCUGCUCCGUCAUCACGUGUCAAAAUGGCGGCAGGUGCGUCCCCGACCGGGCACGGGGUGGGGUCUGUGUGUGUCCCAGAGGCUGGCGUGGGGACAGGUGUGAGGUCAGGGAUGUGACGUCAGACACGUGCCAUUCAAAAGUCUGCUGGAACGGAGGCUCCUGUGUUCUAGCCCAAGGUACCACCAGACCUACCUGUCUGUGUCCUCCAGGAUACUCUGGCAGCGACUGCCGCGUCCACUCAGCCCCCUGCACCACCAACCCGUGCAUGAACGGCGGCACGUGCACCGCCCUUGACCCAACCAGGGCAGAAUGCACGUGCCCUCCAGGCUACGCCGGCGUCCGGUGCCAGAUCAAACCCAGCGACCCGUGCACGCCCAACCCGUGUGCCAACGGUGGCCGCUGCUCCGUGGACAUCGGGGCCCGUGGCUACAUCUGCAGAUGUGAGCUCCCAUACACGGGAGAUAACUGUGAAAUUAAAGCUACCGGAACCUGCUUGAUAAAUCCUUGCAAAAAUCUGGGCACUUGUGUAGAGAUCCCGCCCCACUCCUUCGUGUGCCGGUGCCUACACGGCUGGCACGGUCAGUACUGCCAGACCUGGGCAGGGGGAAGUGUGCAGUGUCCGGCCGACAUGUGUUCCACGAGGGGGGUGUGUUAUCUGGGUCAGGACAACGAGCCCAUGUGUCGGUGUGAGAACUCGUUCGGCGACCGAUGCGAAUACACGUGUGGCGUCCUGCAGAGUGGGCUGUUCCCCCACCCCCUGGAGUGCUCCCUCUACACCAUGUGUGUCUGGGGCAAGCCCUACGUCAUGCAGUGUCCCAGAAACGACCUCCAUUUCAACCCCAAACUGCGCAUCUGUGAUUGGCAUGCGCGCGCCGGAUGUACGUCACUGCAGCGGUCACGUGAGCAGGAAUACCUAGGCGUGGUUUGGAGGAUACGUCACUAGUGAGGGGACGGCGGGGCGGGGGUAGCACAAGAUAGAAAAGUUAUACCCCGUUUGAAAUGUGUCAAUUUGCCCCAUUCUUGAAUUUU